AUGUCAAGCCCCGAGUCUUUGAUUCUUCGGUAUUCUGGCUCGGAAUUGACAGACGAACAGUCUUUCCACAAUCACUUAGUAGAGAAGAUCUGCGAGGCGAGAGCAACGAAAGAUGCCAUCUAUGCCGAGCUUGUUUACGACAACAUCGCUCCUUCCUGGAUGGCGAAUGUGGGGGAUGCACUUGAGCGGGCAAGAGGUGCCUUCUGCAAGAGUUAUAACACCUCUACUCUAAUCCUCCGAGUUGUAGCAAUGGCGUCACUUCUGCACAAUGUCGACCAGGUUUGGUGCCACCAAAGCGAGACUCAAUGGCUUGUCUCCGGGCAACUCACUCAGAACGAGUCCGACAUGCUGCAUACCACAGCAAAUACCAUUUAUGAAUUCCCUGACGGGCCAUUUGUUGGCAUCCACAAGGCACCCAAUGUAGCAAUCAACGUGCCAAACGCCAUCAUGCCCAGAAUUGUCGCUGAGAGUGGGUGGAGCGAAUCCCUCAAUAAACUGCGAGAAGAUGCAGGAGAAUGGCUCGUCGGAGGAAAUGGCGCUGUCCAAGCUGCCAUCAUUAUACACUGGACCCCCAACCGCACAACCCGCCGUGUCCGCGGUGUCGUGGAGCUCUACACACUAGACAGAAGUGGCAUGCCACGGCUCCAGCAACGCGAGGUGCGGGCUAUCUUCUUUAUUAAUCAUCAUCGUGUUCUAGAUAGCUAA